GAGCAGGUGGACUCCCGAGAUAGACAAGGGGCCGCCCGGCAGCCACCGGCCUGUCCAACCCGGAAUUCUGCCCUCCAGACAUGGCCCCAGGCCCCCUCGAUCCCCAGCCCUGUGGCCCUGCGGGAGUGCAGACAGCCUAGGCACCGCCACCCCAAAGCCCAUGCCCAAGUCCCUGACUCGGGCACAGCUGGCCCCUGGCACGGAGGCCAUGGAGACGGUGGCCCCAGCUGUGGACCUGGUGCUGGGCGCUUCAGCCUGUUGCCUAGCCUGUGUCUUCACCAACCCCCUGGAGGUGGUGAAGACACGGCUGCAGCUGCAGGGGGAGCUGCAGGCCCGGGGCACCUACCCACGGCCCUACCGGGGCUUUGUGGCCUCCGUAGCCGCUGUGGUCCGUGCAGAUGGGCUGUGCGGCCUGCAGAAGGGGCUGGCUGCUGGCCUCCUCUACCAGGGCCUCAUGAACGGCGUCCGCUUCUACUUCUACAGCCUGGCGUGCCAGGCUGGCCUCACCCAGCAGCCAGGUGGCACCGUGGUCGCAGGCGCUGUGGCUGGGGCACUAGGAGCCUUCGUGGGGAGCCCUGCAUACCUGGUCAAAACACAGCUGCAGGCCCAGACGGUGGCCGCGAUGGCCGUGGGACACCAGCACCAUCACCAGAGCGUCCUGGGUGCCUUGGAGACCAUCUGGAGGCAGCAGGGCCUGGCAGGGCUGUGGCGAGGCGUGGGUGGGGCCGUGCCCCGAGUCACAGUUGGCUCGGCCGCCCAGCUGGCCACCUUUGCCUCUGCCAAGGCCUGGGUGCAGGAGCGACAGUGGCUCCCAGAGGACAGCUGGCUGGUGGCCCUGGCCGGAGGCAUGAUCAGCAGCAUAGCCGUGGUUGCAGUCAUGACCCCCUUCGACGUGGUCAGCACACGGCUGUACAAUCAGCCCGUGGACGGAGCUGGCAGGGGCCAGCUGUAUGGGGGCCUCACCGACUGCCUGGUGAAGAUCUGGCGGCAGGAGGGCCCCUUGGCGCUCUACAAGGGUCUGGGCCCCGCCUACCUGCGCCUGGGCCCCCACACCAUCCUCAGCAUGCUCUUCUGGGAUGAGCUCCGGAAACUGGCCAGGCGGGGCCAGCACCAGGGCACCUAGACGGGGUCCCUCACCCCUACAUCCUGACACAGCCCAGCACUGGGCAGGAAGCGAUGACCCGCUCCAGCUGGGAAUGGCUGUCCCAGAGCCCUGCCACAGGUCUGAGGCGAGUGUGGGCAGCUGUGGUCAACCCAGCCCCGUGGCCCACCCAGGGCCAGAGCAUCUGUCCAGAAUUACCCUCCACUCUGUUCUCCAGAAAGUUCUCUUCCCUCUCUGUAGUGGGUUACCUUACCCCAGAGCCUUACUCAUUGUUGUAAUAACUGCUCCGCGGCAUGAGCGUCUCCACGAGCUGGGUCACCUGCGUGCGUCAGCCCGCUUAGCCCUCAGCCAACAGUCUGAGACGGUAAAAUCCUCUUUUGCUGAUGAGAAAGCUCAGGCUCAGAAAGGUGCAGUGCUUUGACCAAAGCCGUACCUGUGCCCUUGGCAAGGGCCGGGACCCUGGGGGCUGGCGUGCCCCUGAGGGAUCCCUGUACACGCGGGGAGGCCCUGGGGUGCGCCAUGAGGCCAUAGUGUCAUCAUCUGCGUUAGUCUGCUAGGGCCGCCGUAACCCAGAACCUCAGACUAGGCAGGUUGAACAACAGCAAGUUAGUUUCUCACAAUUCUGGAGGCUAGAUGUCUGAGAUCAAGGCGUCAGCAGGGCUGGUGUCCUCUGGGCCCUCUCUCCUUGGCUUGUGGACGGCCGUCUCCUCCCACGUCUUCACAUGGUCUUCCCUCUGUGUGCGUCUGUGUCCUAAUCCCCUCUUCUUAUAAGGACACCAGUCAUGUUGGAUCAGGGUCCACCCUAACGACCUCAUGUUAACUUAAUUACCUCUUUAGAGACCUCAUCUCCAAACACAGCCACAUUCUGAGAUACUGGGGUUAGGACUUCAAUAUAUGAAUUGGGGGAGACACAAUUCAGCCCAUAACAUCAGCUAAGGGCUUUUACUGAGCUCCUAGGAGGUGCCAGCACUGUGGGCUUUUGCACAGAUCCUCAUGACAAUUCUGGAAGAGAGCUCUUGAGAUGCCCAUUGUCCAGAUGAGGAAGUGAGGCCCAGGGCAGGCAAGUGACUUGUCCAAGGUGAGGAGCAGAGCUAGGUGUCCUCAUCCUGGGCCCUUCACCUCAGCUGCAGCCAUGCUCCCCCCAUGGGUGUGUUCCCAAGGCCUGCGCUGACCUUUGUGCUACAGAGGUGGACACCGAUUCCCUGGAAGGGGCAGGCCUGGCCCAGGUCAAGCGGCCUGAACUACCUUCUCUGCACACCCCGUGUCUGCGAAGAGCUUCUCCCCAGGGGCAUCCCUACCACACACUCCAAACAAAUAAAGUUUUCUAUUUUCUUUA